AUGCCCGGGACCCCAUCGACCUACGCGACACCAAAAUGGUGGAAAGAAGCCGUCAUCUACCAGAUCUACCCGUCGUCGUUUCAAGACAGCAACGGCGACGGCUGGGGCGACGUCAAGGGCAUCACAUCCCGCCUGGACUACUUGAAAGAGCUGGGCAUUGACAUUGUGUGGACGUCGCCCAUCUACAAGUCCCCGCAGGCCGACAUGGGCUACGACAUUGCCGAUUACAAGGCCAUUGACCCCAUCUACGGCUCCCUCGACGACGUGGACACUCUGAUCGCCGAGCUGAAGAAGAGAGACAUGAAGCUCAUGAUGGACCUCGUGGUAAACCACACGUCCAACAUGCAUCCGUGGUUUUUGGAGUCGCGCUCGUCGAGAACGAACCCCAAGAGAGACUGGUACAUCUGGAAACCGCCCAAGUCGGUCAGCGACGCCGGCGUGCCCGAACCGCCCAACAAUUGGGCCCAGAUCCUCGGGGAGGCGAACUCGGCAUGGACCUACGACACGGGCACGGGGGAAUACUACCUGUCCAUCUUCACGCCGGACCAGCCCGACCUGAACUGGGAAAACCCCGACGUGCGCGAGGCCGUGUGGGAGGUGAUGCGGUUCUGGCUCGACCGCGGCGUUGCGGGCUUCAGACAAGACGUCAUCAACAUGAUCAGCAAGGUGCCCACGUACCCGGACGCGCCCGUCGUGCUGGAUCCCCUGACGCACAAGUACCAGCCGGGGACGCAGUUCUUCGUCAACGGGCCCAAGCUGCACGACUACCUUGGCGAGAUGCACCGGGAGGUGCUCUCGAAAUACGACACCAUCACGGUGGGCGAGAUGCCCGGGGUGUCCGACGAAGACGAGAUCCUCCGCACCGUCGGUGCCGAGGCGGGCGAGCUGAACAUGAUCUUCAUCUUCGACGUGGUGGACAUUGACAAGCCCAACGUGCGGAUGGCGCUGAAGCCGUGGGACGUCAAGGAACUCAAGUCCAUCAUCACGCGGUGGCAGCGGUGCAUGAUCGAGCGGGACGGGUGGAACACGGUCUUCAUCGAGAACCACGACAACCCGCGCAGCGUGACGCGGUACACGGACGACAGCGACGGCCUGCGCGACAAGGGCGCCAAGCUGCUGGCCCUGAUGCAGACGACCCUGGGCGGCACCUUGUUCGUGUACCAGGGCGAGGAGAUUGGGAUGCGCAACGCCCCGCGCGACUGGGACAUUGACGAGGAGUACAAGGACAUUGAGACCAUCAACUACUGGCGGAAGUGCCAGCAGAUCUACAAGAAUGACCCCGCCCAGCUCGACCAGGCCCGCAACAUCAUCCACCUCAAAGCUCGCGACCACGCGCGCACGCCCUUCCAAUGGGAUCGCUCUGACAACGCGGGCUUCUGCCGCUCUGGAGUGAAACCGUGGAUGCGAGUCAUGGACGACUACAAGGACGGUAUCAACGCCGAAGACCAGAUGAAGGCGGUGUCGUCCAACAAGCACAAGCCGAACAACCAAGACGGCGAAGAAGGCCAAGGCGAAGAUGAAGAACUGUCAACAUGGCAAUUCUGGCAGCGCGGCAUCCGCGAGCGCAAAACCCACGCCGCGGCCUUCGUCUACGGCGACUACGAGGAACUCUCGCCCUCCGACCCGGACGUCCUGGCCUACCUUCGGACCAGCGCCUCGGGUUCGGAUCGCUGGCUCGUGGUGCUCAACUUUUCCGGCAAACACGUCGAAUGGACGGUACCGACGACAACAAAAGUAGACUCCUGGGUCUGCGGGACGUACACAUCGGGCCAGCCGCGGAAACCGCGCGAGAGCCAGAUCCCGCUGAGGCCGUGGGAGGGGUUGUUGGCCAAGUGCCGGUGA